GCACAGUUUCACAUCAAACUUUUUAUUCCCUUGGCCAAGAGGAAAGCCCUGCCAAGGGAAAGCUUAAGUAUUUCUCUGUCCCUCUGAGGGGAAAAAAAGGUCUUUGGAAAAAUACUGCAAGUACAAUAAGCUGGCUUGUUUUUCACAAUUCAUCUGUUACCCCCCUAUUCUAUGCUAGUUAGUAAGUUUCAUGGUGUGAAACAGGCUGAAACUUGCCUGCCAGUUCUUUAAAACUGAGCUUAAAUUUGAACUGUGUCCUGGAAGAGAGCAGCGCUGCCACACACACUGCUGAUUUAUAAAUGGCACAGACUUUGCAUGAGCUGGGCUGCUGGUAGAAAAAAAGGAUGCUGAUGACUGGAGGGAUUGAUUUGCUUUUCUCACAGAUGUGCUUGUCUUGGAGUAGCACCCGGAGGAGCAUGACUGGGUGGAAAAGCAGCACGUCAGAGCAGAAAUAAUGUCAUGCAGCCCAAUAGCUGCAGAAGAUCCUGGCUUGGAGCUUUCCCUGGGGCUAUAAAGCUGGCUGAAGGAGCAAAAGUAGCAGCGAGCCGAGUGGGAGAGAAGCACACGGCAGGAGCAUCCCCCCACUCCUGCUAGUUGCGUACUAUGUUUGCAGCCCCCGAGCGUGCCUGGGCUGAGCAAGGGGAGGACGGCUUCUCCCAGCACACGGCAGGAGCUCUGCUCUCUUACAAAUGAGCUAUUUCCAAAUUGGAGGAGCAGAGCGGCGUUUCAGAGAUGUUGUCCUGUUUUGUCUGGCUCGCUCUCCCUGGCUUGGUUAAUGCCUUUGUGACCCCAGGAAAGUUGCCCCUCAAUGGGAGCCUGGAGAAGACUUUUGUAAUCCCGAACAUCUCGGGUUUCUUUUCUUGGGAUAAUGACAGCCUGGCUGACUGGCAGAGCUUUGUGGGCAGGAGCCGGUACGGAGUGGAGUCGCAGAGCAUCACAGUGAAAGCCCUGCUCGUCACGGCGUACUCCUUCAUCAUUGUCUUCUCCCUCUUCGGCAACGUCCUGGUCUGUCACGUUGUCAUCAAGAUCAAGCGCAUGCACUCCGCCACCAGCUUGUUCAUUGUGAACCUGGCUGUAGCCGAUAUCAUGAUCACGCUCCUCAACACGCCUUUUACACUGGCUCGUUUCGUGAACAGUACCUGGAUAUUCGGGAAGGGGAUGUGCCAUGUCAGUAGGUUUGCGCAGUACUGUUCCCUCCACGUCUCUGCCUUGACCCUCACAGCCAUUGCUGUGGACAGGCACCAGGUUAUAAUGCACCCUCUGAAACCUCGCAUAUCUACUGCAAAAGGUGUUAUCUACAUCUCUAUAAUCUGGAUCAUGGCAACUUGUUUCUCCCUACCACAUGCUAUUUACCAAAAACUCUUUACCUUUGAAUACAGCGAGGAGGUUACCCGGUGCCUAUGUCUGCCGGAUUUCCCUGAGCCUGCUGACCUCUUUUGGAAGUACCUCGACUUAACCACCUUCGUUUUGCUCUAUGUCCUGCCCCUUCUGAUCAUCUCUGCCGCCUACGUGACAGUGGCCAAGAAACUCUGGCUGCGCAACGUCAUCGGGGACGUCACCACUGAGCAGUACUUUGCCCUUCGCAAAAAGAAUAGGAAGACCAUAAAGAUGCUGAUGCUUGUCGUCAUCCUCUUCGCAGUCUGCUGGUUCCCCUUGAAUUGCUACGUCAUCCUCCUCUCCAGCCAGACCAUCCACACCAGCAAUGCCCUGUACUUCGCCUUUCACUGGUUGGCAAUGAGCAGCACCUGCUACAACCCCUUCAUCUACUGCUGGCUCAAUGACAGCUUCCGAUCAGAACUGAAGGCUUUGCUCAACUUGUGCAGAAAAACUCCCAGGCCCGCAGAACAGAGGCUUGCCUCCACGAUCCCAUCCUACCGACCCGCUUGGCCAGAAAACAUCAACUUCAAGAGGUUGCAGGCCUCCCAUGUCCUUCCAUCAGCCUCCAACAUCCAGUCAGGAAAGACAGACCUCUCUGCAGUUGAGCCAGUAGUAGCUGUGAGCUAAACGGCGGCCCUGGGAAAUCUAUAAGGACUGCACAUAGAUUUGGCUAGAGCUAAAAUGGUGGGAAGAUGUGAAGCCCUGACCUACUUAGGGACUGUACAACCACAUGUGACAAAACCAAGAAGGAGGUUCUGCAGGAGGUAACAUGAAAGAGCUGCACGGUUGAUGCAGGCUGAUGAUAAUGGCGUGGAGCCCUAAAGCAAGCUCUUCCCGGGAAGGAACUCUCUUUGUCAAGUUGACUUUGGAUCAGCUUGCAGGACGGGAUUCUCUGCAUGUAUGUCGCUGUUAUCUGUGUGACUAAGCCUUUCUACCAUUGGGGCUCUGUGUGUGUUUUGCUGGUACUUAAACACUACAGCAACAGUCUAAUCACAUCGGGCCUCCCUCCCCCUUUUCUAAGACUCUUCAUAGCAACAUGGAGAUGGUUGACAUGUAGACCUUUAGGUUGCUGGCUUAGAUCCAGUGCAGCUGGGUAGGAAGGCAUCCCUUCUGAA